GCGGCGGCGUAGCGGCAGCCGAAUAAGGAACGGUUCGGUACGGAUAGCUCGGGCUUAAAGAUCUGAUCCGAUAUAAACCUACAACCUACUCCCUGCAAUCUGUAUAAACUCCGCAAAAUGAGGCCUCCAAUCCUCCUCCCAAGAAGAAUCACAUGUUCCAACAUACCCAAAUUACAUCUUUAUCGUUUCACCCGAAAAACUUCGCAUUCAACAAUCCCAAAAGUAUCCCCUCCGUCAACAUGUAAAAAGUCCCAAACAUGCAAAACCACAACAUCAUCACCUUCCAUAACGAAGCUAUCCUUCUGGACAGACAAACCAGCCUGGUCCCGAGCCGGUAUCAACACCCUCCGCUGCUUGGUAGGGUGUACAAUGGGCGACUUUAGUGCAUUAUGGCUAUUACAGAGUUUCUGUCCUGAUUGGGGAAUGGGGGUUGUCAUGGGCGUUUCUAUGGCCUCUGGCCUCCUCUCCUCCCUAACCCUCGAAACAACGCUCCUCAUCCACGGAAAGGACAAGCUUCCCUGGAAACACGCUUUCAAGACUGCCUGCGGGAUGAGCUUCAUCUCCAUGCUGGCCAUGGAGUCCGUGCAGAAUCUCGUCGAUUAUCAACUUACCGGCGGUGUAGUUAUGCUGGGGGAUCCGGGGUUUUGGGCUGCGGCGGUGGCGGCUAUGGGGGCUGGGUUUUUGGCGCCGUUGCCGUGGAAUUAUUUCCGGUUGAGGGCUUGGAGCCAGGCUUGCCAUUGACCUUAGUGGUUCUUUUAGGGUUAGGGUGUCAGGUGGAGGGGGUGGUGGAUGAAUGGUAGCUUUGUAUUAUAGUGGAUAGAAUGUACACAAUUAGCUUCACUCCGCUCUAUGUCUGUUGUUUUUACGUGUCUAGGGUUUAUUAGUUAGAGUAGAUGGGAUGAAUGUCCUUUUUCCCUAGACAAGUGA